CAUCACUACGGCGCCAAAUGGGCAUUUUGUUUUUUUCUCUCCCCAGCCCACGCGAGCUUGUAACAUUGGGGGGAAACAGAGAAACAGUAGAUCAAAGGAGAUGGAAAGCUGGAUAUUUUCUUGCUCUUGGGUAUCAUUUCUUCCUGUUCUCCUAAUCCUGAUUAGAGCCUCUCUUUCUGUUGUGGUGACGGAUGUCAGGCUGACCGGAAGUGACAUCAAACCCUACGUCCUCCAGGGAGAACCGGCCACAAUCACGUGCCACUAUAUUCUGGAACCGUCAGAACUGGUGACCGAAGUGGAGUGGGAAAAGGACGGUGUCCUAGUGUACUUGUGGAUGUUGGACAAUGCACCAGAGGCCAAAGAUGUGCUCGAAGGCAAAGUGGACCUCAGCAUCCAAUCACCGAGCGUGCUCAGUAUCACGAACACCCACAUGGACAUGGACGGAACGUAUACUUGCCGGGUGAGAACGAACGGGAAGACGGCUCAAAAUGAAAUGUACUUGAUGGUCAUUGUAGACGCUUGCGAUGAGAGUUCGUGGAAGACGCACACAGACAUGAUAUCAUGCACAGAAACUGUCAACAUGCAUUGCGUUGGCAUUUUUCCUAAACCUAGUCCUGCUUGUGGUGUCUACUCAGAAAAAACUGGUAAAUAUGUGAGUAGCAUACCGUUCGACAGUGUGAACAAGUUGUUCAACAGGACGUACGAAGUGAGCUUCAAUAGAAGGUUCGUUAUCCAAGAUUGGGUGAACGACACAGAUUUGAGUUUUCGGUGCUACAUGAUGGUUUUGGGUACACCUUGGAGAAGUGGAAUCAAGCACAAGAUGUUCGGAGAUUCCGGAUGUGAAAAAUCUCCUCCACCAGUGUCACAUGGUUAUUACAACCUAACCGAGGAGCGGAGUUGUUGGAAUUUCCCCGCGGAAGGUGCCCGGGCAGAAUACCAUUGUGAUGAUGAUUACAGAUUUCUAGGUUCAUCUCUCUACGUGUGCAACGAAGGUCAAUGGACACCUGAGGGAGUCAUUGCUGAUGGCGACUACGACAAACCAGCUUGCGUUGAUAUCAAUGAUGGACGAAUAAUUACCGGAGUGAACUCACUGCUGUUAACUCUAGCAUUGAAUUUUGUAGCCUGGAUACUGUUUCCAUAAUAUUUGUUUUAGUUUUAAAAUAUGCAUAUUGUUUGUAAAUAUAUUCGUUAAAGGAAACAAGAGAUAUCGGUGCUUAAUUACUAACAACAAGCUUAAUUGAAAAAUUGUCAUAUAUGUAUAAUUAAUAUGUAAGUAUGAAGUAAUAUCACCUAAGUGUGAAUAAAUAUUUAUAUACAAAUAUUUACCUACAAAUAUUUACAUACAAAUAUUUAUUCAUACUUACAUGCGACUUACACUAAGUUUGUGAUGACUAGAUAUAAUAUACAAAUAAUAUAUCUUUAUAAUUUUCUUGCACAGAGAAAUAAUUAUAAAUGGAAACAAGAACAAGAAUAAUUAGAAACAAGAAUAAUAAAAAUUCAAAUUAAAAUUUUAUUCCUGUCAAUAUUUUAUUAAUAUGACACUAUUACAUAUUUCGCAUUACAAUACAUAAAAUUGAAAUGUAUCUCUUCCUUAUAUUAUAUUUUUGAAUGUAUAUAGAACGUCAAUCAAUUAAACUCAUUAAUUAUGUCAGUAAAAGAAUUAAUAUACUAAAAGCAACUUUUUAUAACGAUAAUUAUGAAAGCAAUGCUUAGUACGUAGAUAAUUAUUUACUGUUCAAUAGUUUUUAUUAUUUAUUUUUUCCCACUUAAUCUAAUGUUCUGUUUCUGUAGUCUAUGUAACUAAAAAAAGUUCACAGCUAUGCAACAUUGUUAUAAUUUUAUUAAAUAUUUAUUUCAAAUUUUCUCAUCUUUUAAUUAAAAAAAGGAAAAAUU